CACACUGACCGCAGUACUGAUAGAAGCACAGCGCGGCUGGUGUCCGGCUUUUUGCCAAACUGGUAUCAUUUGCGCUGUGUGAAACCGCCAUCACCAGGAGGGUAGGUUUAGAUUUUGCGCACGCGUCUCAGAAGACAAAUACAGGCGCGCGCUCUUCACUUCCUUGCCUUGAACUCUGCUGAUGCAUUUUGGAUAUUUUUCCGAUUGCCUCCUGAUCUCCUGGAUGACAUGAUGCUGAAUUAAAUAGGGGACACGGAGGAGAAAAUGCGAGGCAGCGGAGGACGCGGUGCGCGCGGUGCAGGUGGAUGGCCGACCUGAUGCUGCAAAGAGAGAGAGAGAGAUCGAGAGAGAUAGAGAUAGAGAGACCGACAAGUGCACACACACACACACACACACACACACACACACACACACACACACACACACACACACACACACACAAACAGAUAGAGACCGAUAAGGAGAGAGAGAGAGAGAGAGAGAGAGAGAGAGAGAGAGAGAGAGAGAGAGAGAGAGAGUGAGUGAGUGAGUGAGAGUGAGUCCUGUCAUGCUAUACUAGCCGGGUGUGAGAGUAGUGCUGAGAUCACCAUGCUGCCCGGGGUCGGUGUGUUUGGCACGAGCCUGACAGCGCGGGUGAUCAUCCCUCUGCUGAAGAGUGAAGGCUUCUCAGUGGAAGCGCUGUGGGGCCGCACGCAGGAGGAGGCCGAGGAGCUGGCCAAGGAGAUGGACGUGCCCUUCUAUACCAGCCGCAUCGACGACGUGCUUCUGCACCAGGAUGUGGAUCUGGUGUGCAUCAAUCUUCCGCCGCCGCUCACACGCCAGAUCGCCGUCAAAACGCUUGGAAUUGGCAAGAAUGUGAUCUGUGACCGCACGGCCACGCCUCUGGACGCUUUCCGCAUGAUGUCAGCAGCGCAAUACUACCCCAAGCUGCUGAGCAUUAUGGGUAACGUUCUGCGUUUUCUUCCGGCCUUCGUGCGCAUGAAGGAGCUGCUAGAGGAGGGCUACGUGGGAGAAUUGCUGGUCUGCGAGGCACAGGUUCACGGUGGCAGCCUCUUGGGUAAGAAAUACAACUGGAGCUGUGAUGACUUGAUGGGUGGUGGAGGACUUCACUCUGUGGGCAGCUACAUCAUCGACCUGCUCACAUUCCUGACCAGUCGGCGCGCCAUCAAGGUGCACGGCUUUCUCAAGACAUUUAUUAAACAGACAGACCAUAUCAAGGGCAUCAGACAGAUCACCAGUGAUGACUUUUGCACUUUUCAGAUGGUGCUGGAGGGUGGAGCCUGCUGCACCGUGACGCUCAAUUUCAAUGUGCCAGGUGAGUUCCAGCAGGAGGUGGUUGUGGUUGGAACGGCUGGACGGCUCACAGUGAGUGGCACUGACUUGUAUGGACAAAAGAACAGUGGCAUCGGAGGUCGUGAGCUCCUGCUCAAAGACAGCACACCUUUAGGCAACGCCUCACUGCCUGACAAGGCCUUCAGCGACAUUCCUACGCCUUACCUCACUGGCACCAUCUGCAUGGUCCAGGCAAUACGACAGGCUUUUCAGGGUCAGGAGGAUCGGCGGACUUGGGACGGCCGGCCGCUCACCAUGGCCGCCACAUUUGAGGACUGUUUGUAUGCUUUGUGUGUGGUAGACACAAUCAAAAAGUCCAACCAGUGUGGCGAAUGGCAGAACAUCGUAGUGAUGACGGAGGAACCUGAGAUCAGUCCAGCCUACCUGAUCAGUGAGGCCAUGCGACGCAGCAGGAUGUCCCUCUACUGUUAAAGCUGCUUGACUGAUGACUGAAUAAAUGUGAAAGGAAGUAAAUAACUAUAAUUUAAGCUGGGAUUUUAAAAAAAUGGAUGAAUUUUAUGGAUAAAAAAUAAGGAAUGAUCAAGAAUGCAAACAGCAAUAUACUCUUUCUGCAUUCAUUGAACACCACUGCUUCUGGAUUAAAUCACACUCGAUUCAUGGAGGAUGAGUGUACAACUGAUAUUUUCAACACUGGAGAACCAUUAAAAAACAUUUAGCUAGGGCAAACAUUGUUCUGUCCUCCUUGCAUGGUGAUAAAUGUGCAAACCCAAUCUGCUGUUCUGUAUGUGUGUCCUCUGUGUGUGUGUGUGUGUGUGUGUGUGUGUGUGUGUGUGUGUGUGUGUGUGUGUGUGUGUGUGUGCGCGCGUGUGUGUAGAACAUUACAAAAAUCAAUAGUUUGGCUGGUAGGCCUUUUAGAGAGGAACUCCCCUCCGGUUAAUUACGCAAUAAAUCUGCCCAGAUAUGCUUGUGUGUCUGAAAUACAAAGGAAAGGCUUGUUGUUUUUUUUAGCUGUGUCUGCAGAGGACAGUGUAAUCCCAGCAUGCUAGCACAAGUCGACUGUUCCUUUACAUUUUAGGCACAAAUUCUGUUCUUCAGAGCUUACAUGAAGCUAGACAGCUUGUUUCUGAGCUUAAUGUAUCCAGCGUGUGAUGCAAAACCAAACCAGUCUCGCAUGCAAAGACGAAAGCUGUGAAUCACAUCUCAAACAAUCAGCAGUGGCCUCUGGUUAGCACAGCGUGGGUAGGUGUUCCAGCAUGCAGCCACCUGCACUGUUACAGAGUUGCACUUGAAAAUAAUUACUAUAAUUAAGACUUAAGCAAACAAGUAGUAUAUGUGGCAGACAUACAACACGAAGCGAAAUAGUAAACACCCCUAUUGUUUUACAGAUUCAUGUUCAGCAUACACUAAGUGUCAUUGAGCUGUUUACAUAGCAGAAGCAGUUACAUGAACAAUAAAUCUACAUAAUACAUUCUUUUUACAGGAUGUUAUAUUUACAUUCAUAUAAAAUCUUACAGUUUAAAGCCAAUUUUACAAUUCAUACCUGUUCAUCAUACAGUACCUGUAUGCUCCGAGGUAGAUUUAGUUCAGAUGUGUCAUAAUUCAAUUUUUUUUUUUACAGGUCUAGUGACAUUCUUGCACAUUGUUGAGGGCAAGACAUAGCAAUUAUAAGCCUAAAAACAUGUAUACCAAAAUAUUUAAAAGAAUGCAAAAUUUCCUACGCAAUGUUUAGUGCUGUCUCGACCACCACAUGAUCCCGAAUUAGCUGCAUUUCUAGUGGAUAAUUGUAAUAGAAGUUACAAGAAUAAUUAUCUACCAUUUUAGUCAUUAGAUAAUUAUUAGUUCAGUUUAUUUCUAACAUUUAUCCACAAGCCAAAAGAUUGUUUUUAUUGAACUCUUUUUAUUUGGUUUGGUUUAUACAGGCUUUGCUUAUAUAGUACGAAGCUCUACUAUUUAUCAUUGUCCGCUGUUUCCUUUUCCUCUUUCUGUUCCAAUUUGUUAAUGUACCAUGUCAGACAUGACAAGGGUGGUAUAUAAGGGUCGGACCUAACUGGUUGAAACUGUCGGUAAAAAUCACAAACAUAAUGCAAAGACUCCACAGGAUUAGUAGCAAGAACUACUUCCUGUCACUGUGUUAUUUGUUUGUACAGUUGAACUUGUGAUGCAACGAAAUGAAAGUUCUUGGCCGAAAACUAGAAAAUUUCUAGAUUUAUUUAAUUGGCUUUUUAGCACCAUAAAUAAAUUAUAUUCUUUUAUAUAUUUAUUUAUAAUAUUUAUACUUUAAAAUAAAUUUUAAUUAAACGAGGAAAAGAUAAUGAACUAUAAUCACUGGCAUUGAAAUUGUUACACAUGCUUGAAAUUGUGAUGCACACAUGCAGUGCAAUCUGAGCAGGUCAUAAAUAAGCUACAAGUUCAGGGUUGCCAGAUUGGCCACAGUUUCCAAUUCACUAGAAAUCAAUCUGGAAAUGUAACAUGAAAAAUGACAACAACAUACCCACAGACAUUUUCUUUACACUGAAAAUGAUACAAAAUGCCUAAAUUAAUUUUCAGAGGUUGUAUUUGGUAAGAUAGGGGAUCCUUCCUAACCUGGCAACACUGUACAUGUUUCUUGUGGUGUUUUUAAUUGCAUAAUCUAAUUUGUAGUGUUGUAUUUCAAAAUGCUAUAUUUGAUGUUAAAAAAAAAAUAAAGACAAGGUAACAUUUUGGUUAACUUUUUGCAGCGUUUAUACCCUUUUAUCGAACAACCGGAUGUGUUGCGCUCGAGUGUUUUCGGCCAAAAAUUUUCAGUGGUGUGAAAUUUCAUAAGCCUCCCUAGAACUACUGUAAUAAACAUUAUGACCUUUUAUUGAACUGUUCAAAAAGUGUCAUGGUAAAUGAAAUGUCAAAGAAAUUUACUUUGAGAAUGUUAUUUUGACAUUUUGUCAAGUGUGAAUUUUAUUUUCUUUUUAAACUGCCUGUGAAAAACAUUUGCUGUACAUAACUACAUACAUUUUUAUACAUGCUAAGCGUAAUAUAGACAUAUUUAUUUUGGAUGUUUCACAUUGAAGUAGGUAUUGUGUGUCUUGUUUGAGAGGUGCAUCGAUGCCUUUGAUUUAGACGCUUCUCCAAGAGAGGAACAGCACUUCCACUGUGAUGCUAUGGUUACUGUCCAUGUGUGACCAAAAUCUGACUGUUUUUUGUUUGUGUUUUUGUUCUUAUUGGUCAGUUUCAUGGCUGGUAAUUCACACAGUAUAAAAUAUAAUUGUUAUAUUUGACUACACUGGAAAACUGGCAUGAAAAUCAUCUCUGGAUUUGCAUAUUUAUAAUAUUUGCUUCCUACAAUGCCUUUUUUUGCUCUCUUGAUCCUUGUACCUGAUAUUUGUGCUUGCGCGCAUGCUAUUCUUAUAAUCCUAAACAAAUGGAUACUGUUUCACUCAACCAUUUUCAGUGACCUUUCACCUCUUUCUCUUAAUCAUUUUACAUUCGCUCCACCCGAUUUGACAUCUAUAGAUUUUUUAAAUAUGAUUUUAAACUGGAAAAUGACUUCAAGUUAUUCGUUUCAGGGAUCUCCACAACGAACAGACGGACAGAUGUAAAUUUAACGCGUCCUGCAGCCUGCGUUCGCUCGGCUGUUUUAUCUGUUUAAUUACACGUCCCUGCAGGUCGAAGCUCCAGUUCACUUCUCUAAUUGAUCUGAUGACUACAAGUCAUGUUUUCUCAGAGCAGAAACAAGCUGAAGCCUAUUCGAUAGUAUAGAGCCUGGAAUAAAGAGCUUGAAAUUUAAUCCAGUUAUCCAGUAAUACAAGCAACUCUCAUCAAAACAGCUUCUGACGGUUGUAUUUGCAGUUGUUGUUUAUGAAGAAGAAUCUGUUUAAAAAGAUAGAAUACGAAUGUGUUUAAAAUAAUACAGAGAUGCUGGUUACAGGCAACAUCUUUAAGGAUUACAAAAGGAAAUCUGAUUUCGUUUGUUAUCAGACUGAUAACCAAAAAGCUUGACGUUAUCUGAGUUCACCUGAGGCAUGCUUUCAGAUUUUAUUCCUCGGAUAUCCAGAGAUGACGCCUGCAGUAACAUGUUAAAAAAAUAAUAAUAAUUAUAAUUGUUUUAUUUAUUUAUUUAUUUAUUUAUUUCUAAACAGGACAGAUGUUAUAACCAGUAAUGAUGGCUUUGGGGAAAAAAAGGAUAAAUUAAAAGAUUAUGUUGUUUACAUUGUCAACACCUUAAAGCUCUGUCCUUAUACAACUGCUGUAGUAAUGCAAUUAUGCAAAUAGCAUAAUAUUACAGAUUGCAGAUGUAACUGUCCUGAUUAGUUUUUACUCGAGAAAUACUGUACCUGUGAUAACAAAUCUGUUAUAUUGCCAGUUAUUGCUUUGCUCUUUCUGUACCUGUUUUUCAACUGUAAGAAAUAAUUUAAAAAGGUUGUUAAACAUUACAUCUGUACAUGUUUGAAGUGUGUAUAUGUCCGCUAGCACUGCUGUGGUAUAAAAGUCUCUUUCCUUCUCUUUAUGUGGCAUUUGCAAACAUGUUGAAAUUGAAGGUGGGGGUUGGGGCGUGCUAAAAAGGAAGAGACUCAACAGUCCUGCUUUGGCCACACUUCAACAGGACACGCUCGGCUUUCAAAAGCGAUUCUGGUGAAACAAAGCAUUGAUGGAUGGGUAAGAAGGGUGAGUUGGAGAGAAAAAGUGAAUCUUUUGACCAGUCCCUGGGAAGCGAUUAACGCGUAGCCUCGUCAACUCUUCCCACUCCGAAUGCUAAACUCUCACAUGGUCCUGUGUGGGAUGGGCUAGUGCUAUUGCCUUGGGUGACUUUUGCUCAGUGUUGCUUUAGAUUGCUGUGUUUAGACAAUAUAGAUGAUACAGAUAUAAACAUCUACAUACCUUUAAUUGCCGUUUGGAUGGAGAGGGUGUUGGUCUGCUCCAACUGAGAGCGGCCUGCUUCAGUAUGAAAAGAUUCCAAGCUCAAAGAAGAGCUUCUCCUGCUGCCUCAGACAGUAUCCUAGCAACCGAAUACCGCUGGGCGAAACCAGCCUUAUCGUACAUGUUUUCCAUUCUCCUUUUCUCCUCAAAAGACAGUUACAGAGGCACUGAUUUGCAUGGCAGACUUCCAAUUAUCUUUAAUAUGGUGGUGUACAUUUUGAACUGUUUUAUUAUAAUAUUUUAAAUGCUUGAGACACUCACUGAUAUAAACAAAGGUCACAUGGUAUGCAGUAUAAUCCUGUAUGCUCACUGGAUUGGAAGUCAUUAUAACACCUCCGGGAGACUAUAAAUUUGUCAGAUGAAAAAACAGUAAUGCAGAAACACAUUUUUACACACUAAAAACCUAUAAAGGUUUUAUGCCGAGUCCAUACAAAAGGUUUUAUUUAUUGUUGAGUUUUCAUUUGCCUGUUUGAUCGUCACUUGAAUUAAGUCAGUUUAAAUUAAACCUUGAAACAAAUAGGAUUGUAGCAUGGUUUACAUGGACCUGUUCUGUCUAUAGAAAGUUCAGGAUUACAACCCACCAAUAAAUAGCCAGAAUAUUAUUGUACAUAUUUAUAUAAUGAGAAUAAUAUUUGAAGUUUUUGAUGUCCUAAAAUAAAUCUUGACAAAG